CCAAUAAAACCAACACCACCGGUCCACCCCCAAUCGCUCGCUCUACAUUUUGUUCGUCCUUUCAGCUUUCACUUCCAUCUCCACCUCUCUACUGCCAUGGCUAUCUCUCUGCAACUCUGCCGCGUCUCCCUCCGUACCGACCUCCUCUCCCGCGAAAACCUUACUCCUCUCAAUCGCCGGAAACCUUUUUCAGUUCGAUGUGCCGCUGCUGCUGGCGAUGAGUCAUCUUCCGUUGCUAUGGAGUCUGAAUUUGAUACUAAGGCUUUUAGGCAUAAUUUGACUCGAAGCAAGAAUUAUAAUCGGAGAGGGUUUGGAUACAAGGAGGAGACUCUUGAACUCAUGAGCCAAGAAUAUACUAGUGAUAUUAUUAAGACUUUGAAGGAAAAUGGAAAUCAGUAUACGUGGGGAAAUAUUACCGUUAAAUUGGCUGAAGCUUAUGGAUUUUGCUGGGGGGUUGAGCGGGCUGUCCAGAUUGCUUAUGAAGCUAGAAAACAGUUCCCAGAUGAAAAUAUUUGGCUUACCAAUGAGGUUAUUCACAAUCCAACUGUCAAUCAGCGUCUAGAAGAGAUGAAUGUUCAAAUUAUUCCUGUUGAGGAAGGGAGGAAACAGUUUGAAGUUGUGGACAGUGGUGAUGUGGUGAUUUUGCCUGCUUUUGGAGCUGCUGUGGAAGAGAUGUUGACUUUGAGCGACAAAAAAGUGCAAAUUGUUGAUACAACUUGCCCUUGGGUGUCCAAGGUUUGGAAUACCGUUGAGAAGCACAAGAAAGGAGACUACACUUCAAUCAUUCAUGGUAAAUACUCUCAUGAGGAAACCGUAGCUACUGCUUCUUUUGCAGGAAAAUACAUUAUUGUGAAGAAUAUGAAAGAGGCACAGUAUGUGUGUGAUUACAUUCUUGGUGGUCAACUUGAUGGAUCUAGCUCAACGAGAGAGGCGUUUCUGGAGAAAUUUAAAAAUGCAGUUUCCGAGGGAUUUGAUCCAGAUGUUGAUCUGGUCAAAGUUGGUAUUGCAAAUCAAACUACAAUGCUUAAGGGAGAAACAGAAGAGAUUGGGAAACUAGUUGAGAAAACCAUGAUGCGUAAAUUUGGAGUGGAAAAUGUUAAUGAUCACUUCAUUAGCUUCAAUACCAUUUGUGAUGCUACUCAAGAGAGGCAAGAUGCUAUGUUUAAGUUGGUGGAGGAGAAGUUGGAUCUUAUUUUAGUCGUUGGUGGGUGGAACUCGAGUAAUACCUCACACCUCCAAGAAAUUGCAGAGCUCCGUGGAAUUCCUUCAUAUUGGAUUGAUAGUGAACAGAGGAUAGGCCCAGGAAACAGAAUAGCUUAUAAGUUGAAUCAUGGGGAGUUGGUUGUGAAAGAGAACUUCCUACCUGAAGGUCCCAUUACAAUUGGUGUAACAUCUGGUGCCUCUACUCCGGACAAGGUUGUUGAAGAUGCCCUUGUCAAGGUAUUCAACAUCAAACGCGAAGAAUCAUUGCAAGUAGCAUAAAUUUAGUUUGUGGCGUAUCAUCAACAGUAACAUUGCCAGUUAGACUGUAUAACUGAGUGUAUCAUUAACAAGAAAGGCUCCACAAGAUAUGUGCUAUACCAUUUCAUGUACUCAAAUUCCUAAUGUUGGUAAUAGAGUGUGAUUUUUAAGAGCUGGAAUUUAGUGCAUUGUGUUCUGGAAUUUCUAACCAGGUUAUUUUCCCUGGAAAAGAAACUCCGGAGUCCAACAUAAGCUUGCACAUAUUUCACUCCUUGGAUUUCUGAAUAAGAGAAAAUUAGUAAUAGUAAAUUACAAGUCAUAAGAAAUAUCCCUGCUACCUUUUCUUAUAUGUAUACAGCUUUUGUUUUAAAAUUUUACAUCGUGUCAAAAUUUUACA